AUGGAGAUGCUUCGUCAGAUUCAAUUGAAUAUACCUCUGAUGGAUGCUUUGAGGGAAAUGUCAGUCUAUGCAAAGAUGAUAAAGGACCUGAUGUCACAGAAAAUUGACUUUCAGGACCUGUCCACAGUAACUCUGACACAGACAUGCAGCGCGGUAAUGACAAGACACAUGGCUCAAAAGAUGUCUGAUCCAGGUAUCUUCAUUAUUCCGUGUACUAUUUGGAGUUAUGCUUUUGCAAAAGCAUUAUGUGACUUAGGAUCCAGCAUAAACUUGAUGCCUUUGGCAAUAUAUACAAAACUGGGCAUUGGCAGAGCUAGACCGACUUCGAUGCUGUUGCAACUGGCUGACCGCACAGUUAAAAGACCGAUGGGGAUUCUUGAUGAUGUGUUGGCAGAUGAGGAGAUACCCAUCAUUCUGGGGCGGCCAUUCUUAUCCACUGGGAGAGCAUUGAUUGAUUGUGAAACUGGGGAAUUAAAAAUGAGGUUGAAAGAUGAAGAAGUAAUAUUCAACGUUCAACAAUCCAUGAGGAGACCCAGUGAAUAUGCAAAUUGCUUACUAGUGGAAGCUGUGAAUGUGAUCCUGUAUGAAGAAGAUGAGACCCUGAAUGCCAAAGAUCCAUUAGGAGCUUGCUUGACAAAUUUAGAUGAGAUGGAUGGUGAAGGGUAUGUUUUCUUGGGUCCCAAUUCUACUUUUCCUGUUAUUAUAUCAUCUGGUUUGCUAGCUGUGCAGGUAGAACAAAUACUAGAGGUGUUGCAAGAAUGCAAAACUGCCAUUGGUUGGACCAUGGCAGACAUAAAGGCCAUUAGGUACUUGAUAGCAAAGAAGGAUUCAAAUCCCCGCUUGAUUCGCUGGGUUCUGUUGCCACAAGAAUUUGACCUGGAGAUUCGUGACCGAAAGAGGACAGACAACCAAGUAGCAGACCACCUCUCGAGGUUGGAAGGGGCAUAA